ACCGGAAGAACAACAUGGUGCUGGAGAAGAAAACCUCCGCUCGGGUGGAGGGGCAGCGCCGGGUCUUGGAUGAAGCGACUCGUCAGCGGCGUCUGACUCGUCAGCUCGAUGCUCUGGAGAAAGACAACUUCCAGGACGACCCUCUAUCCUCCCUGCCCCCCCCAGGUCCGACUGCUCGCCUGCCCGCCUUCAGUGAGAACGAGGAGCCGGAGAAGAAGAGGAGGAAGACGAGGGGCGACCACUUCAAACAACGUUUCAGGAAAAACUUCACCACCCUGCUGGAGGAGGAGAACCUGUCGGAGAAGCCGGAGCCCAAUUACCUGUCAGCGGCGGCCCCCGUCUCAUCGCUGCCCCCCCGCCACUUCUGCUGCGUCUGUGGUUUCCCCUCUCACUACACGUGCACCACCUGCGGGGGGCGCUACUGCUCCAGCAAGUGCCUGUGUACACACAGAGAGACCAGGUGUUUGAAGUGGACGCUCUAACCGCCGCCUCGUUAACCUGGUGAUGGUCCAGAAGGUUCAUGGACACUGAAGCUUGGAGGUUUACACACUGACUCGAUUUGAUCCUGGUUCAGAGUUUACUGAGAGCACGGGACACGCAUGUUACAGGGAGACGUCAGACAGCAGCGUCUUUCAUUCCUCGUCCCAUAUGACUCAGUUAACCUGAGGGAGUUGUCUUGUUGAUGAGUCAUGUAAGAGCGGCCGUGACAGUUUAAAUUACACAAAAUACUUUUGUGGUGUAAUUAAUUUAAAUGGUCCAAUUUCUCCUGUUGCUGUCCAUGAGGUGUUCUGGUUAUUUUGUCCACAAUAUGUCAAGUUGUUUUGUAAAUAAGGAGGUUGUAGUUUCAUCCUUUUAUUAAAGAAACAUUGAAGUAGAA